CCCAAAGACAAAGUCUGGAGCUGUUGCCCAAAGGACUGGAAGGCACUUAAUUAUCACUGCUACUUCAUUGUGAGUGACUCAUCAUCUUGGAAUGAGAGUGAGAAGAAGUGCUCCAGCAUGGGUGCUCAUCUGAUGGUGAUCCACAGCCAGGAAGAGCAGGAUUUUAUCACCAAGAUCCUGGAUCUUAAUGCUGAUUAUUAUAUUGGCCUUUCGGAUCCAGGUCACCGAAAGUGGCGCUGGGUUGAUCAGACACCAUACAAUGAAAGUGCCACGUUCUGGCACCCGGGUGAGCCCAACAAUAACAGAGAAAAAUGUGUUAUAAUAAAUCAUCAAGAUUCUGGUUGGGGCUGGAAUGACAUCCCUUGCAGUGAUAAAGAGAAGUCAGUUUGUCAGAUGAAGAAAAAAAUUUAUAAAUCAAGCAUUCUGAAGAAUAAAACUUAUAAAUCAAGCAUUCUCCAUGAACCUGAUUGA